GCUGGCUGUAAAAUCAAGUCGGCGAGUCAGCUGAUGUUCCCCGUGCCGCGGCUUCUUGACAGUCCGAGAGUGCGGACCCCUCGGACUUCGGUACUUGGGGAGUUCUAUACAUAUCCUGCCAAAGAAGAUGAAGAAAAACAGAGAAAGAUUCUGCAACAGAGAGAGGGAAUUUGUGUAUAAAUUCAAAAUAGGUAGUCAGUGCUUAGAACUGAGGGUGCCCCUCAAAUUUCCUGUUCAAGAGAAUGCCAGUUAUUUACAUGGACGCCUGAUGCUGCUGCACAGUUUGCCAUGCUUUAUAGAAAAAGACUUGAAAGAAGCUUUGAGCCAGUUUAUAGAAGAAGGAUCCCUCAGAGAUUAUGAUAGAGAGGCUGAAGCAUCACUGGAAGCUGUGAAGUCAGGUGAAGUAGAUUUACAUCAACUUGCAAGUACGUGGGCCAAAGCUUAUGCUGAGACCACAUUAGAGCAUGCAAGGCCUGAAGAGCCCAGCUGGGAUGAAGAUUUUGCAGAUGUGUACCAUGACCUAAUCCAUUCUCCUGCCUCUGAAACGCUCCUAAAUUUGGAACAUAAUUACUUUGUUAGUAUCUCAGAACUGAUUGGUGAAAGAGAUGUGGAGCUGAAAAAAUUACGAGAGAGACAAGGUAUUGAAAUGGAAAAAGUGAUGCAGGAGUUGGGAAAAUCACUGACAGAUCAAGAUGUAAACUCACUGGCUGCUCAGCAUUUUGAAUCCCAGCAAGACUUAGAAAAUAAGUGGUCAAAUGAAUUAAAACAAUCAACUGCCAUCCAAAAGCAAGAGUAUCAGGAGUGGGUGAUAAAACUUCAUCAGGACCUAAAAAACCCCAACAACAGCUCCCUCAGUGAAGAAAUUAAAGUUCAACCAAGUCAGUUCAGAGAAUCGGGAGAAGCAAAUGGAAGGAUUUAUGAGGAACAGAGAAAGUUAGAAGAAAGUUUUACCAUUCACUUAGGAGCUCAGUUGAAGACCAUGCAUAAUUUGAGAUUGCUGAGAGCAGAUAUGCUGGAUUUCUGUAAACACAAAAGAAAUCAUCGAAGUGGUGUGAAACUCCAUCGACUCCAGACUGCCCUGUCACUUUAUUCCACAUCUCUCUGUGGCCUGGUUUUACUAGUAGAUAAUCGAAUCAAUUCGUAUAGUGGUAUUAAAAGAGAUUUUGCCACAGUUUGCCAAGAAUGCACUGACUUCCAUUUUCCCCGAAUUGAAGAGCAACUGGAAGUUGUACAGCAGGUGGUACUUUAUGCUAGAACCCAGCGCAGGAGUAAGUUGAAAGAAUCACAUGAUUCUGGAAACCGAAAUGGAGGAAGUGAUGAUAAGACUAAAAAUGCUGAUAGAAACUAUUUAAAUAUUUUACCUGGAGAAUUUUACAUUACACGGCAUUCUAAUCUCUCAGAAAUCCAUGUUGCUUUCCAUCUUUGUGUGGAUGACAAUGUGAAAUCUGGAAACAUCACUGCUCGCGACCCUGCCAUUAUGGGACUCCGAAACAUACUCAAGGUUUGCUGCACCCACGACAUCACAACAAUAAGUAUUCCUCUCUUGCUGGUGCAUGAUAUGUCAGAGGAAAUGACUAUACCAUGGUGCUUAAGGAGAGCAGAACUUGUGUUUAAGUGCGUCAAAGGUUUCAUGAUGGAAAUGGCUUCGUGGGAUGGAGGAAUUUCUAGGACAGUGCAAUUUCUGGUACCACAGAGUAUUUCUGAAGAAAUGUUUUAUCAACUCAGUAACAUGCUUCCCCAGAUCUUCCGAGUAUCAUCAACACUUACUCUGACAUCCAAGCACUAACCCUUAGAGAUCACCGUGUUGGCAAAAGAGGAUUAUUAAACUCUCCAGGAACUUGCCUGUGCUGGGAUUCUGUCAAGCAAAGGAUUCCCAGAAAGAACUUGUGACCCAUGCCGCAGAUCAAAUCAUGAUAGACGUCUGUUAAAAAUUCAUCUACUGUACAGGCUAGUGAUCAGUCCCUAACAUACACAUUUAUUGUGAAAGUCUCCGAAAAAAUGUUUCUUUUUAUCAUAUCCUACCUGUGAAUAUUAGUAGGUUAAAACUUCCUAUAUAUCACGUAUGGACACUUGAUGUGGGAGAGUGUUCACUGCAUUUUCAUAAAGACAUGUCUUUUCCCAAAGGUAUGAAUCACAUCAUAUCAUAUGAAUCAUUUCUUGUACCUUGUAAAGGUACAAGACUUCAUUUAGCAUACAAAUAAAAUCUUUCCUCUAUCUUAUUUGCCAAGUGAAAAUUAAAAAGCACUGAAGUAUAGAUUGCAAGUAUGGACGUCUUGUGAAAAUCAUUUUGUAUAAACAAAAAUAUAUGACACAAAAUUUUUAAAAUUUUCCUAUUUCAAAAACUUGCCUUUAAUGUACUCUUUCUAAGGUCUUAAAAGUUCAUAGUCAGAAAAAGACAUUGGAUUCUUUUCCUCUGUCUCGUCUUCCCUAUGUGACUUGCCCUUGUCUGUUAAUAACAUUUCAUGGGCUGAGAAAAUAGUGUGCCUAUCUGCAAGCCCAGUGGAAAGUUAGUCUAUCCCAGCACCUGGUAGUAUUUAGUGCCUAUAAACAUUGUGACAGUCAGACAAUGAGGAUCAUUUUUAUUUCUCCAUCCUGCUCUCUGCAUUCACAGGUUCUCUAACCAUUCUUCUACUUGCAAUAUUUUACUGAUAACGAUGUCCCCAUUUCUGUCUCUGCUGUUUCCUGUCUUUUUCCAUUGUCUUUCCUUAUAGAAAUACUUUUUCAAAUGCUGCAUAUCACUUAUGUAUCCCAUCUAUAACAUUUGCAAUAAAUAGUGACUACAUUGACCCCAGACAUUUACAAAAGCAAUAGUUUUAUCAAAUUCAAAUUGUGUAGAUGUUGUAACUGGCCAAUGGGGUGAUAUGGAGGACCUUUGACAUGAUAAAAUGGUAUAUCCUGAUUCCAAGAAACAGAAAGCACUUGAUUAGUAUUCCUAAAUGUAAUACCUAGAGUAACUUUUAGUAUGCAAAAUGCUUCCCCAUAACAUGGAAUGUGUCUUGAUUUUCUACUCAAGGAAAUGACUGUCGAGCAACAACACUAAAGACUACACCCACUCCAGACUGUGUCCAUUACACACUAACACUUUCCAAAUCCUUUUCCAAGGAACGUAGUGAUCCCACCAAGAAAAAAGUAGGUAUUCUGCCCUUAGAGCAAGAAAUCGUCUUCCAGGUACUACUGUUCCAUUAAGACAGAUUCUAACACAAAGCAAAGUAGACAGGUAGAAAUUAGGGGUGUGCUAGAGCAGCCUCAGAGACUGUACAAGUUUAUAAUGUGACAGGUCAAGUUGGAGGUGGGUGUGGGUGUAGUGGGGUCUGUCAAUAAAGGCAUUCAAAAAGAGGCAUUGAGUCUCUGCACAAAAUUUCUGUAGCUAAGUGUACACUCAGCAGCUUAAAGGGUGCAUCCAGGGUCAGGGUGUAGGAGUUAGGGUUCAUUCACAGAAACUUGGCGAAUGCGGCUGCCCAACCCUCCCUUUGUCCCGACAAAGCUGUUUUAUUAAAUUAUUUAUAAAGUAGUGGCUUCACUCCAGGGCAGUUUAAAGUUUCUCUUUGGCCUGUAAAAUGAAGAUGAAUUUUAAGUAUUCAUUGUUCACAUGGUACUGUAUUAUGAGAUAUUACAGAAGUGAUAAAUUAGAAUAAUGCUUAUGAUGUUAUAUACCACUGAUAUGAAGGCACACUAAGCUAAAAACAAGUAUAUAAUUUAAGGUAGUAAAUAUACACAUUUAAAUGGUGGGGAUUUUAAUGAAGCAGUGGAUGAGGAAGUCUGGAGUUCUGCAUUUGGACUGGGAAGGAUGCAAUUGGGGCCUUUUUCUGAGUGAUCUAGGGGGCUUCUUGGAGGAGAGUGGUUUCAGGCACUUCAUGAAUGAAGUGAAGAAGGAACCUUAGUAGGCUGAGACUAGCAGGGACAUUCUAGGUAUAAGGAGCAGAAAUAGAAUGAAGGGAGGCAGUGAUAAAUGGUUAGAAAUCGAGAAGCUGACCACAAGAGUCUCUUGGGGUGGGGAUGGAGGGCCUGGGCCUUAGCACAAAUAAUGGUGAAGAGUCAAUCAGUGAGCACAAGUUUUUCUAUUUGUGUAAGCAAUUAAAUAUUACCAAGACAAAUGACAGUGAGGUCCUCAAGGCCAUAAAAAUAUGCUUUGGAAAUCACGCAGGGGCAUUGAGCCUGAGGUCUCCAUUCCUUGCUGCUCUUUCACCUCCUGCCCCAUUUCUGCUCUCAAAGUACAAAACCAAGCAAGGCUGUACCUUCCCAUCGAUCAAGAGGUGUGGUACCAGCUGUCCUCAGCAUGACACUGUGACUGGAAUGGAAGAAAUGCAUGAAAAAGAAUUUCAACAGAAACACCUGGGAGUUGGCAGAUCUCUUACUGGCACAGGACACGCUAUCUUUUGUGUCCUGGCUAAUUCUCACAAGAAGAAAAAAUGUUCCACGAAGGAAAGAUGAAAUCUACAGCAACAUGCCUGCUCUAGAGGCCUUAUAGGAAUCAGCAGAGCUGUGUUGAAAGAGUGGACAUGGAUUAAAGCGAAUUCUCAGGCAAUUUUUCAGUUUCUAGGUGAAAAUUAUUGCUUUCUGUUACUUAGUUUUCCCAUUUAGAUGAAAUUGGACUGCUUUGCUCAAAAGAAGUUAUAGCUCUGUAAAAAUCAUUAUCAUAAUUUUGAAAUAAUAAAAAGUAUUUUACAAUACCUAUUUAAAUGAAA